AUGGCGAGCGCUUGGCCAAAUAGCCAAGAAGACUAUGAGUUGUUAGAAGUUAUUGGUGUUGGUGCAACCGCUGUUGUUCAUGCGGCUUUGUGUAAACCUAGAAACGAGAAAUGUGCCAUCAAGCGGAUUAAUCUCGACAAAUGGAAUACUUCCAUGGACGAGCUUUUAAAAGAAAUCCAAGCUAUGUCCUCAUGUAACCACGAGAACGUAGUAACGUAUUACACAUCAUUUGUCGUCCGUGAGGAGCUCUGGUUAGUUCUACGACUUUUAGAAGGCGGUUCGCUGCUCGAUAUCAUAAAGCAUAAAGUCCGCGCGACUAAUUGUCGGCACGGCGUUUUCGAUGAAGCCACAAUAGCUACAGUUCUUAAAGAAGUCCUACGCGGUCUUGAAUAUUUCCAUCAGAACGGGCAGAUCCACCGAGAUAUCAAAGCGGGGAACAUACUUCUAGGCGACGAUGGGGCGGUACAGAUAGCCGACUUCGGAGUAUCAGCUUGGCUGGCAACCGGUCGGGAUUUGUCCCGACAAAAAGUCCGCCACACAUUCGUAGGCACCCCAUGCUGGAUGGCGCCCGAAGUUAUGGAGCAGAACCACGGGUACGACUUCAAAGCGGACAUAUGGUCGUUCGGAAUAACUGCUAUAGAAAUGGCUACCGGCACAGCGCCGUACCACAAGUAUCCUCCUAUGAAAGUUUUGAUGUUAACUCUUCAAAACGACCCUCCCACUCUCGACACAGGGGCGGAGGAAAAGGAUCAGUAUAAAGCGUACGGGAAGACGUUUAGGAAAAUGAUUUCCGAGUGCUUGCAAAAGGACCCGACGAAGCGGCCGUCGUCGACGGAGUUGCUGAAGCACGCGUUCUUCAAGAAGGCCAAGGACAGGAAGUACCUGGUGCAGACGCUGGUGGCGACGGGCCCCAGCAUGGAGACGCGCGCGCACAAGGCGUCGCGCCGCCAGCCCGGCGCCUCGGGCCGCCUGCAUCGGAUGGAGACAGGCGAAUGGGUAUGGGAAAGCGACGACGAAAACGACGACGACGAAGAAAACGCCGCCCGCGACCGCCCCAUGAACACGCUCGCCCGCGCCGACUCCUCCGAUGACGAGGAUGAACCAACCACCGGUGCCGGAAGCUUCACCAUAGGCUCCCUUGGAACCAGUACUGAAGAACCACCACUUAUAAACCUGGUGCUCCGGAUGAGGAAUGAUAGAAAUGAGCUGAAUGAUAUCCGGUUCGAGUUCGCUCCGGGGAAGGAUUCUGCGGAUGGUAUCGCCACGGAGCUGGUUGGUGCUGGGUUAGUGGAGCAGAGAGAUGCUAGCGCUGUGGCGGUGCACUUACAAAGGUUGGUUGACGCAUGGUUGUCGCCUGCGGGGGCGGGCGGGGCGGCGGGGGCGGGCGGGGCGGCGGGGGCGGGCGCGGCGCGCUCGGCCACGUUCCGGCUGGACGCGGCGCCCGCGCAGCCGCCCGACGAGAAGGGGCUGGUGGGGUACGCGCAGAUCUCCAUCGUCGACUAGCCCGCCGACACGACGGACCGUGGGGCCUCGACAUAACGGCGACUUUGCCAUCCCAAGAGAGGCAGAUUUCUAUGUCGACUGGCAUAUCAGCGACUGACCAUCGGUGCACCUGUUGUAUUCGUAACAAGAUUUACGAUAAGAAAAAUAUAUUUACACGACCUUAGUAUAAAUAUAUUUACCCUUUUUUGUGUGUUAAGAUACAUUGUGUGUGCCCCGGGCGAUAUGGGAAUUACGAACUCGUCUUAAUUACGUCCUCGCCGUCGGCUUCGGGUUUCAAGUCCCGCUCGUUCGUAAAUUCUUGUUUACCGCCCUUAACACACGAAGUACUAUAGAAAGUUGUCUUGUAAACUUUACUAGUGUGCUCACAGCAACACUCAACUAAUCAUAUCUUUGCGGCAAGCUUUUGAUUAUUUGAAGCACGUGGUUAUUUUAUGCGAUAAGCGCAGCGUUAAACGCAAUGCGUUUGUCGCAGACCCAUUUUACAUCAGAUAAUCUAAUGACUAUAUAUUGUUUUACUCGACAAUCGCAGCGGUAAGCGCAUUAUCAUUUUUCCUACGUACCGUGAUGUUCAACGUUGCGUUUAUCGCAAACAACCUCGCGCUUGAAGGGUCGAUGAUCGCAGUCUCCGACAAAAUAAUAGUAGGGUUGACACUUAGAAAUUAUUUUAUGGGAUGGGAGGUUUUGGGCUUAUACUGAGCAACUUUUACUAUGGGACCAGCCCCGAAAUCGCGAACAAUUUUUCUAGCUGUUUUAGCCGGUGUAGAUUUUAGCUGGUCCAUUUUCUAUGGGAGGGUAAAAAAAAAAUAUCGCGAUGUCGGGGUGGGUCCCAUAGUAAAACUUGCUCAGUAUAAUCCCAAAACCUCUCUGGCAACAGGAAUGCACAUAUUUUUUGGCCACCUUAUAUAAUGCAUAUGCCAUCCAUUAUACAAGGUGGCACAUGAUGCUUGAGCGAAUGAUUUGUUAGACCUGUACCCCAAAAUCAUAAAAUUGUUGUAGUAAUUCACCGAAUCGCAUUUCACCUUGAAUGAAAAAGAUAUCACUGGAUUUUUUUACUUGACGCACUUUUUCCCGUAGCCUUUGACAUUAGUAUAAUUAAUUUGUAGUAUUUAAUUUUUCGUGUAGUAUGUUACCGAAGAGGCAUUUCGCCGCGAUCGACGUUUGUUUGGGACUCUAUUUAACUUGAUACGUUAAUUUGAUGCUUGCACUAAAAUUAAGUGUUUUUUUAAACACGUUUUGUACUUGUAGGAUUAAGCCUCAAGUGCUAUCAAACUCAUUAAAAUUUUAUCUAUGUGACGUUGACGUUGCGUUGAAUCACGUCGCCAAUACAAUACACGAUCGAGGUGAAAUGCGACUAAAGUAAUAAACGAUUGAGUCACAACGCGAUGUUUAAAUGCACGGUCGAGGUGAAAUGCGACUAAAACUUAUAGCCACUAGAAAAAAAAACUAUUGAGACACAAUGCGAAAAUUAAAUAUGAGAUCGAGGUGAAAUGCGAUUCGGUGAAUUACUACAACAAUUUUAUGCUUUUGGGGUACAGGUCUAACAAAUCGAGCGAAUUCGCUUUGUGCAUUUUUUUUACUAUGUUGUGACUAGAUUAUGGAGUGUUGUUGAGAUGGCAUUUAAUUAUUGAAUUACGUUAACGCUUACUUAAUCGGAACCAUGUGUAUAUUGUUAAAUGUAGUUAUAUAUUUUAGGUGUUUAGCCAUGUCAAAAAACUAGUAUGUUUUAAUGUUUUAGUUAUUAUUUUAUUAUAUUGAGCUAUUUAGCCCUCGAUAAACAUUACGUAUUAUGCAUUCCGCUAAAAAGCAAAUUGUAUAUAAAAGUCCUAAUAUACCUAAGAUAAUAUUUAUUCGGUCAUAAAUUACAAUGCAUCACAUAAAAUAAAUAUAUAAAAAUAUUUUUUACAUCUUUAGUAUAAAAACUACUCUACAACACUCUAUAAUCAAAAUUACAUUAAAAACAAAAAACAUGUCUCGAUUUUUAGUGACGUGACGAGUAGAAUAAACCCAUUGAUUGGCACUGGAAUUUUGUCGUUAUUAGCACCUAUUUUGUAAAAAAAUCUCUGCUUUUACAUAAGGCUAGAGUUGCCAAUGUCAAAUUGCCAACCAUGGGUGGGAUGCCAACGAUAGGGUACCUAUUUUCGACGCCCGGCGCGUCCAGUCUGCAUAUAUCUAUAACUAGUUAAGUUACAUUUUGUUUACGCUCCGAGUACACAUUUUAUUGGUGAAUAAAGGAUUUAUGAUAGUUUUAUUGUUUUUAGCUCAAAGUAUGAAUUACUGAACGAUUUUUUGGGUUAUAUGCUGUUAAAAACCGCUUAGAUGAAAGCGUAUCUAAUGUUAAAAUCAACUCGCCUCUACGGUACGCUUUUUACGCUCAUAUCUGAAAGGAUUGGAUUUAACCCUUUGAACGCCAAUAUAAACCUUAGGUACUCGAAAGUGUGAAGGUUACUUUGACAGUGUCCGCCAUAACGCCUAUAGUUGUUCUUGGCGCUGUGGCCACGACUAGUAACGACGACUUUAGGUGUUCUUUGGCGUUCAAAAGGUUAAGUACCUAUUACAACUUGUCAACUAGUAUGGAAUUAUCCGGAUUCAUGGGAUCUAAGCUAAAGCUGGCCAUACACACGAGGGGAUGCCUGCGCAGUUUUGUCAACUGCACAGGUAAAACGGAGUGCGUGUGGCAUACGACUGUGCAGUUUCUUAAACAACUUACUUGUGCAGUUGAACUGUACAGGCAAAACUGCACAGGUAUACCCUAGUGUGGAUAGCCAGCUUAACGUGGAGGAGCGUUCAUUUUAAGAUCGGUUUUACUUUAUGACAUUAUGAAUACGAUGGUUUCUAUCGCUGUUAGUUCCUACGAUUAGCCAUAGUGACAGAUGAAGUAGGUUAUUUUAAUGCGCCAUUUCCAAUGCGCUUUUAUUGCACUCGUCUAAAACUAAAGCAAGACCAACUUGACAAAUUAUAUAUUCACUUCCUUAAAUUCCUUUUUUUUCCUUAUUUAAUUCCUUAAAUUGAACAAGGAAAUAAAUACAAUCCUUAGCCUACUAACAAUACAGUAUGUCUCCCACCAUAGGGCUUUAAAUGCAGGGAUCCUACUCGCUAAAGGAGCAUUCCAUGAAAUUGUCUACCAUUACCCCUUACAAACGCGAAUUUCCAAACAUUUGCAGGUACAAGUUUACUUUUCUGUGACUAAUGUUCAAAAAUAUGCAUAGAAAAAUUAUCGCCUGCUUUAAACACCAAAAAUAUAGGAAAUAAAAUGCGUCCGUACGGGACAGCCCGUGGAAUGAUCCUAAAUCGAGCUACUUGUACUAUGGUACAAACCCGGAAAUCGCCGGCCAAAAUGUGUAAAAAAGUAAAAAAAAACGCGUUUUCGAGGUUGGUCCCAUAAUAAAAGUAGCUGUAGCGAGUAGAAUCGAUCCCUGCAUUUAAAGCCCAUAAUGGCAGACACCCUGUAUAAUGUAUGUAUGUUACUUUAUUGCACAUAAACAGGUGAAAAUAAAACAAAACAAAAAAAUGUUCGCAAAUGUCAAUAAUCUGGCAUAUACAUAUAUAAAAUUAUCCGUUUCGUAGCGGUGCGCGGCAACCACUGUUAGACACCAAAAUUGGUAUGGACCGCAUGUACUUGUAACGGCGCGACAAAAUCGCGGAGUUUACCUCGCCUGUACAGUCAGCAUCAAAUACUUUGUAGCAGUCAGAGUGGCCAAAUAGUUCGGUACACCAUACUAAAUAUAUGGUGUACCGAACUAUUUGGCUACUUUGACUGCUACGAAGUAUUUGACGCUGACUGUACCUAGUACUAAAUAUCUUUGAGGAGGAGAAAGGUAUGGUCAUUGUGAAUCUCAUCUCGCUUUGUGUGGUAGGGCACAGCACAGCGGAUGUCAUUCCAGAUCUAGAGCAGAGCCCAACUGGGGAAGUACCUCCACCUUACAGAAAACAGCAGCCAAAUGACACUAGACCCUACUCAUAGUGUUGUGUUCCUGCCGGUGAGUAAGGUUGCCAGAGCUCAACGAGGGUGCGGAGUGUUAGGGUCGACAACGAGCAUGUAGCUCCGUACAUAGACUACGGAGACUGCUUACCAUCAGGCGGGCCGUAUGCUUGUUUGCCACAGACGUAGUAAAAAAAAGGACUGAUUUUGUUGGUUUUGCUUUAGAGUCACCUGCUUUUCUCUAUUAACUAUGAUUUAGUUUUGGGAAUGGCCAUAUUUUAAGCGCAUUUUCAUAGCUUUGUAAAUAAAAUUAAUAUGUCCCCGACAAUAAUUCUUUAUGGAAGCAUUUCGUUUGAUGAGAUGAGAUGAACUUGUUAAGGAAAACGGGAGCAAAAAUAUAAAUUGGUCGAAAUAUAAACUCCCUUAGAUUAUCUCUAAGACCCAAUCAUUAUCCCGAUGAUUUUGAAUACAGGAACUGAACUGGAAUAAAUAAUCUUUAUUCAAUUAUUCUUUACGUUUAAUUUGUUUUCAUCACACUUGCUCGAAAAAGAUAUUAUUUCAUGCAGGUGUGCUGAAGGACAAAGGCCCAUUUUGUUCCCGCGGGAGUUAGUCUUUAAUUAUGUCACUUAUUCAUACAAACCAAGUAGCAUAAAUGAGUUUUACUUUCAAAAUACUGACGUUUAUAAUUUAAUAUUUUUGUUUAUGUAUUAUUUAAUUUGAUUAAUUUAACAGCCUUUUAAAAUAUUUUUUACAUAAUUUUCAAUCGUGGCGGAAUGCCGAAUAGGUCCGUGCCUUCGAUUCCUCACCUGCCAAGAAAUUACAAAAUGGCGGACGAAUGUUUGAUAUGUCACCGUAUUUAAGAAUUAUUUUGCUUAAAAUUUAGUUUUUUCUUCGCAAGUGUGAUGAAAACAUGUGUAACUCCGGGGGUAAGAAUAUUGCAAACUCGGGUCUUUAAUUCCCUCCAGCCUGCGGCUAUCGGGAAUUACCAAAUCGUAUCCAAAAUUUCACUUAGCCCCUCGUUGCACAAUGUACUAUAAGCUAAUUUUACGAAGUAACUCGCACGGCAUGUUUUGGAGAGCCCUAGGUCUCCUUUUCCCUACAACGAAAGCGCAAGACCUCCCCCAACCGGUUCUUUCAACGCGCGCGCAGCAGUACGCGAAGCGCGGCCAUCGUGAACGCUAUUCGCACCGUUAGUGGUUGAAAGCAGACCUAGGCUCUUCGAAACAUGUCGCGCGAGUUACUAAAUAUAUGUGACCUAGGGCGUAAAAUUAGCUUUUUGUUGUAUGUCUCACGACAGUUUGAAUUCGGUUUAAUUUAUUGUUCGUCAUCAUAAAAGGUUUGUGUAAAAUAAAUUCAUCUUAAAUAAUUUCCAUUUUUCUCGCUUGUAUUAAAUACUGCCUUAGCCAAUGCCUUCUUCCGUGUAAGAUUACAAAUAAAGGCAAAAACAUACAGAUAUGUGUGGUGCAAGAGAGAUUGACUUAUAAUAAUGCAAAAAAUAUAUCUUAAAAUAAAAAUAAAAUGUUACUUUUUAAACUAAUAAUUUUUGUCAGAAGUCUAAUUCUGUAAAUCUUCAAAACAACUUAAAUAUUUGCAUUGCUGGGGCCCAUUUCUCGAACGGUAUUAGUUUAAUAUUAUUAGUGUGUUGCCAUGGUAACCCAUACGAUUUGACAGUUCGUAGGCUAAUAUUAGUCUAAUACCGUUCGAGAAAUGGGCCCCUGGAAUACGGUAUUUCAUUAAAUUAUUACUAUCUCUUUCUAAACAUCACUGCGUUCUUCUUCAGCCUUUACUUUAGUAGGGAAAGUACUAAGUCAACAAUAUAUGGACAAAGUUGACAAUAAUAAGUAAUUGUAAAACUAAAGAUGCACAGAUAUUUUUGUCAUUAAUAAUUAAGAUCAAUCGGUCAAUGUGGGAAAGAUCGGCAUAUCAAAUUUUUGGUUGGGAAGAGCGACAUAAGGCAAGAAUUCUUGUAUUUAUAUACGUACAGUACCGGCCAAUAAUAUAUCGCCUUUGUGUUUUUUUGUAUGAACAUGCAUAGAGUAAACAAUAUAGGUUAGUUUGUAGAUUGUAUAUUUUACUAAUCAUUUUAUACAAAUAUAUGAUGAAUACUGCACGGAAAUACUGUGAAUUACAAUAGGGGAUUCAGCAUAUUACUAAAAAAGCUCUAAUACAAAAAUUAAGUUGACUAUA